GAAAUAGGAAUUAAUUACCUUUCAGAAAAGAUUUGAGGUUCAAAUGAUAGCAUUUUGGUUGCUAUUUUACAUCAGAUUGCGGUCUAUUUUAUCAUGUCAGACAACAUAGAAGCGAGCCGAACGAGAGACAAGCUAAAGAAGAAGCUUUUAGAGUACAAAGCUGGGAGUAAAAUUGGACUGGAAAACUUUACUGAUGCUGAACAAGGAGAGAUGGAUGAUUUUCAAAUCCGUAUCGCGAUCUUUGGGCAAACGGGGACUGGGAAAUCAGCUCUGAUUAAUACGAUUUAUAAGGUCCUUUUGAGCCCUGACGAACUGCCAGAGGAAGGUGAAGUAGCGAUAGUUCAAAGUGCUGGUGGUGAAGGAACGUCUAUUCUUGAAGAAUUCUUCCAGGAACGAGGUUUUACAGUUGUUGACACAAGAGGGUUCUUCGAUAUUGAUAAUGAAUUAGAAGAGACCGAAUUCUUCCGAAUCCUGUACGGCACCGUGAAACAAGGAGAAGAAAUUGAUCGCCAAGACAGAGGUCAGAGUCAGACAGCAAGGGCUGGUAAAGGUGGUUACAGGCUCAACAAACCUCCCAUAUCCCACCAAGUACACGUGGUAUUAUGGGUAAUCAAGGGGGAUGACGUCAGAGUGCUUAAUGAGGAUUAUCACCAAAAACUGAACUUCGUACUCCACAGACUUGGAAGAGAAUCGAUCACCUUACUGACUGUCAUAACGCACAGUGAUCGAAUCGAUAGCAGCAAAGUCGAAGAAGUCAUCUCAAAAUCCCGCGAAGCAACCAAAAGCCUGGCCUGUCACACAUUCCUCGUCCACAACUGGAUCGCUGGAAUGUCACGGCUCAACGCAGAAACUGAAGAAAAUGUUCUAACAAUGUUAGACACAGCACUGGAGUGUGGAGAGAGGUCAGUGAAGAUACGUCAAACAAAGAGAAGAGCAGAAGAAAUCAAAGCUGAAAAAUUAGAGCGAGAAAUCGAAAGGAGUAAAGUAAGAAUGCCCAAAGAAAAUGUAGAGGAGUUAGAAAGAUUGAGUAACAAAAAUGUCAACGUUGUUUUUAAUAAGUUUUGAAGGCGGUGUGCUAUUGGCUGCCCUAUCUACAACGUUGGAUGGUAAACCAGAAAGGCUAUUUGGUUGUUAUUUUUGUUUGUUUUAAGUUAUUUUUGGUUAUUUAUUUUUUGCUCAGUGGCUAGAAACUAAGUUAAACUAAAUAAACGUUAACAAAAAUAGCAUUUAGAGCAUUUACAAUUCACACUUUCUAUACCUGUAUGUAUUCAGUCUAUCAAUAUGUAUACUUAUCAAUUGUUACAAGUAUUUGUUAGCUUUAUCCAAAAUUAUGAAAUAAAAGAGGAUUGAAGAUGUCU